UUUGUUCGACCCCCACUGAUUACUAAUAGUGCACAUCCUAUAUUUUAUACUACAUCUUUCGCGAAAGUUGGAGGCCUGAUCGCAAGUGAAAUCGGUAGCUGCGUACAGUUUUCACACAUAGAAAAGUUUUCAUCGCACAUACGAUCAUUUCGAUCAAGCUACAUUGGUGCAAAAUUUGAUCAAUACUUGGAGGUAUUGCAUUACUAUGCACCGAGGCUAGUGCGGAGCUGGCUUUCAUUUCCGAAGAAAACACGACACAAUGUGCAGUUAGUCUGUUUGGUGUAAAAAGUGAUUUUGUGCAUUGUAUUUUCAUAUUCUUUGGAAAGACUUACUUUGCAAUUGGUUCAAAACUAAAUUGCACUUGAAUCAAGAGCCGUGUGCGGAGAUGGAUGUGAGACCUUUCUUUCCCCGUCGAGCCUCUUUCUGACAGACAGUGAGAGACAUUGGGAAAAUAUUUGGUCGCCAUUUUGUUGUUCAUCCAAGAUCACCAUCGGGAUAUUAGUUGUUUCCGUGCUUCCUCCGGGAUGGGGGAGACGAAAAUCAUCUACCAUAUAGACGAUGAGGAUACUCCAUAUCUUAUAAAGCUUCCCGUCCCGGCCGAUCGCGUCACAUUAGGGGAUUUUAAAAAUGCUCUCAACCGCCCGAACUACAAGUUCUUUUUCAAGUCUAUGGAUGAUGACUUUGGCGUUGUUAAAGAAGAAAUAAUUGAUGAUGAGGCACACCUGCCUUGCUUCAAUGGAAGAGUUGUUUCUUGGUUGGUACCAGCAGAAAGCAGUGCUUCCGACACACAGUCACAAUGUACCGACUCCCAGGCAGGGGACGUGGUCCCCCUCCCCGCGGAGAGGGUUGGGGGGAUCGGAGACAGCAGGCCGCCAUCAUUUCAUGCAAAUGCAUCUGUAGUGAGUCGAGAUGAAACUUGUGACACGUGUACGGAGACAGACUCAGUCAUCAGUGCAGCGGCAAGGAGAGACCGACCCUCGAGCCGGAGCUCGCGACAUAAUCAUUCUAGUCAGUAUAGGGACAGACACACCGCCCACCUCGGUCCCCGGAUUAAUGGCCAUGCAAAGCAUGAACGACAUCGAGAACGACCUCCCCCUGGUCCCCAUCAGUACGAGACGUCCACCAUGAUGAGCAGUGAUCUCGAAACCACCAGCUUCUUCGACUCAGAAGAUGAUAGCAGGUUUUCAACAGUUACUGAUACAACAGGAAUGUCAUCACGAUAUGGUCGCCAUCGGAAACGGCGGAGGAGACAUCGGCCGCCUCCUAUCAGUAGAGCUUCAUCAUUUAGCAGUAUAACCGAUUCUACAAUGUCUCUCAACAUAAUAACAGUUACACUUAAUAUGGAUACAGUUAACUUCCUGGGUAUUAGUAUUGUGGGACAGAGUAACAAGGGAGGGGACGGCGGCAUCUACGUGGGCUCCAUCAUGAAAGGCGGUGCUGUAGCUCAAGAUGGCCGCAUUGAACCAGGGGACAUGAUUCUCGAGGUGAAUGGUAUCAGUUUUGAGAACAUGAGUAAUGAUGAUGCUGUAAGGACGCUACGAGAGGCAGUACAGAAACCGGGUCCAAUCACACUAGUCGUUGCCAAAUGUUGGGACCCGAACCCCAAAGGUUAUUUCACAGUUCCAAGACAGGAGCCAGUUCGGCCAAUCGACCCAUCGGCGUGGGUGGCACACACGACUGCUAUGCGGGAACACUACAUGGGGCGUGGCGGACCCAGCACCUCAAUCAGCAAUAUGACGUCAACUAGCUCCUCAUUAACUAGCUCUAUACCUGAGUCAGAACGGUUUGAUGACUUAAAUCUCACAGUGAACACUGACAUGGCAACCGUUGUCAAGGCAAUGGCACAACCAGACUCAGGGCUGGAAAUCCGAGACAGAAUGUGGCUCAAAAUAACGAUACCAAAUGCUUUUAUAGGUUCCGAUCUUGUAGAUUGGCUCUUUACGCACGUGGAGGGUUUCGCCGACCGGAGAGAUGCAAGAAAAUAUGCAUGUAAUCUGCUGAAGGCUGGCUACAUCCGGCACACAGUCAACAAGCUGACAUUUUCAGAACAGUGCUACUACGUCUUUGGAGAUCUCUGUGGUCCUCCUCAGUAUCCAGAUCUGACAUCACUGAGUCUUGAAGAUGUGGACUCUGUAUCGGAAGCCGACCGCGACACCCUCGCCCCCCUGCCGCCCCCUGCCUGGAACAAUCAAUACCCCUAUAGCAGCUCCAACUACUUGCCCCAGAACCUCAGCUAUAUACCCCCAUACAGCUACACAAGCACUGACAACACCAGCUACGUCGGCAGCUUCGUCGAUGGCAUGCCACCCCCACCUGUCGGUGCAGUGCCCCCUGGUGGCGGAGGUAAUGGCAGUGCAGGGAGUGUCCAUAGUGCAUCAGUCGCUGCUAAAGACUGUACAUGUUUAGUUAGUACAUACAAUCAUUUGCGCAAGCUUUGGGAAAAUAAGGAUAAACAUCAGCAUCAGCAGUCCUCGUGUGAACCCCACAGCCGUAGCAUGGCGGAGCACACCGCCCACGCCAUGCAUGGGAGCAGACAUCAUAUUGCAUGGAGGAGAAAUUCCUCGAGUAGUUUGGGGAGCAGUGCAUCUGGUAGCAGCAAAAAGGAGAAAGAAAAGUCAGACCGAAAGUCUGCUAGUCCUGCUGGGAGUGGCGGCGGCGGCAGUGAUACUGACACAGCCAGCCUAGCAAGCGUGCGACGAGGCGCCCCCAGCGAUCGCAGCCUCCCCCCACCUCCUGGACCUCUAGCACAGAUGCCAGCUGACCUCAGUGGGAGCAGGCAGUCCUUUAGAAUGGCCAUGGGAAAUCCAUCUCUUCUAGAGAUUGAGGACAUACCGACCACGAUUGACUGACGGAAAGUUGCUGCCUGUCUGCCACCUGCCCGUUGCAUUCUUCCCUCCGCCCGUUGCCCGCCCGUAGCCCGCCCGCCCGCCAUCUCACAUCUAACCCACUUCGUUCUUCUAACAACGCUAACCCUUCUACAGUGCCCGCCCGCCUCGUUCGUUCGUUCGCUCUCUGACGCUCUUUCCUUCCCAUCAUGCAAUUAACCCUGCUGCAUAAACCUCUGUUGGACUUCUCAAAGCCUUGCUUUGGAUUUCACAUGGGUGGGUGUGCACCAAUAGACAUGAUCGUGGUUAGUCAUGUGACGUGUCGUCAUCAUGUGAUACUAGCACCGAGGACAGACCGGCCAAUGAAUCCUGUCCAUGAGAGAGAGAGAGAACACAACAUUGUAUACAAAGUUAUUUUUGAAGAAGCCAGUAGGUGUGUAGCUUGACUGAAUGCAAUAGAAGACAUGAAUGCUGGAAAUUGGUAUUCAGUUUCCACAACAGUUAUCUCCCUUUCAUUUCAACUCAUCUCUAUUCUUUUUUCACUGUUCUGUCACCUAAUGCAUGCUUUCAAAUUGCUUGUCUAACCAUCUCCAAAAUAAACUGUCAAAACAGAAUGCAAACUGCUUUAUCUCAAAUACUUACCAUUGCUUUACCUUUUCUAUUGCUGUUCAGUUCACAUCGGCUUGUCUGCAUGCAUUACCUUUCUUAACUAACUCUACAUAAUUCUUUCAUAAUGGGUGUUGAUAAACAUGCUUUUUUCUAAUGGUUCAAUCCAAUUCAUUUUGGAAGAAAACGAAACAUCUGUUAGACAUUAUUCGGAAAGAAUUCUGCAAGCAUGGCAACCCCAAUCCCAGCCACAUUCUGAGCAUGGCCUGUCAUCCUCAGCACUUCCCCUCCCACCUAUCCCAGCAUCCUUGGCAUGCAAUAUUCCGUCUAAGUGGCCAGCAUGUCCGUCAUCAAACACUCAUGAUGACAUCAUAAUCUGCUGAUGGUGACGUCAUCGUCCUGAGUUUGACCUGAGAAACAUAUCAAACUGUCCAGCUGUAUCCAAAUCAUGAUAUUUCGAGCUCAGUUCAUUUAAGUUUCACACGAUGAUGUGUUAGAUAGAAGUAUGUUUAUUUUAUGAUUUGUUUUAAAGUUUUAUUUCAGGUUUCGACAAUCCAGUUUCAUUUGAACGAGAAAUUACAGUGAAUUCCUUUGUUUGGGAGCAUCACAACAUCGCAUAAUUUUAAUGAUUUGAUAAAGAUUUUAGAAAAUUCACUAAUGAGAACAAUUUUGACAAUUUUGCUAUUAUUGGCAUAAUUUUAGUUGACCUUGAACCCAAAAAAAUUGAAGCAUGAAGGUGAUUUUAGAAAAUCAAACUCCAUAAUAAUUUUGGAAUUUAGUUAAUGUUAGCAUAAUUUCUUUGUUUAAAUAAAUUUCUGAAAGUUACUGUGCCUUGAUAAGAUAAUGGAUGUUGAACAGCUGGAGAUCAUUUGUCAAACAUCAGUCGAAGACUUAAAAGGUGACCUGUGUGUAGUCUUCUGUACCCCGACUGCCCUUGCUUUACCAGGCCAUGUUCUUACAAGCAGUUCCUCUGUUACGUACUACACUCAUGCGUGUGCAGUUUGCGUACAUGCUACGAUGUGUACAUAAGUCGUGGAACAUGCUACAAUGUUUGCAUAAAUUAUCGAAUAUGUUAUGAUGACAUAAGUUACACAUGAAAUUUUGUAACUCAAUCUUUGUGGCAUGACUGGGUUUUCUCAAAUAGUCGUAAGUCCCACAUGCUACGGUUGAUUGAUUUACAUAAUAUAUUCGACCUACGUCACAAGUACAUGUUACGAUUAGUUAUGUAAUACAUAUGAGUGUAAUGUCUUACGGACAUGCUAAGAUUGAGUUAUGCAUGGUAGUCGAAUAUGUUUACGUUGAAAACAAGAGAAAAUUGCUCAACGUGGAUAAUAAUGAGUUUUAGUCUUUGAUAUGAUCGUAUAUUGUUAGUUCUGUAAUUCUGAUGAAUUGUUUGUAAGUUUUCUUUUCAUGUUUGCAUACAUACUUGUGGUAUGGUAGUUUUUCGAUUUAGUUAGAGUAGAUGAUAGAAAUUGUUUCAAUAAUUGUAACGAGAGCGACAACUUGGGAUGGAACCUGAGAUAAUACAACUAAUAUUUACAUUGGUGUCUGGGUUGAGUGGUUUUCUCUUGUUAAUGAAUGCCUUGUACAAAUGCAGAACACCAGUGUAUGACUGCUAGAGAGAUAGUGUGAAUGAAUGCCAUUGGAGUACGUGAUACAUAGUAUGCGAGACCGGCUGAUUUUAGUAGCCGUUAGUGAGAAACCUGCUCGGAUGGACUCUGCUAUUUAUCCUGACGUCUUUUAACCUUUUGUACAAACUACAUCUGCUAUUGUAUAUUAUUUUCUGUCCUUGUACAAAGCUUCUUCACCUGUACAGUUUUAAUAUGUGCUUUUUUAUGUUGAUGAGAGUUGCCUCCCUUUGUCAAGUACGAAGUUGUGAUAUGACAUAUCGAUGAUUUUAAAUGAGUGUUGGCAUGGAAACGUUGCUCUGCUGAUACAAAUGAUGUCCAUCCAUUUAUCUUGCUCUUGCGUGCAUCACUUAUUGUUUGUUUCAACAAGUAUAUUUUAUAUGUCUAUAUUACAGCCAAAUGUGUUGAGAUUGUUUUGCCUAAUUGUUAUGUAACGUAAAUCUUGCACUCAUUCUGAAAUAGAUAUUUAAGCUUGUUGCUGAAAUCAAGAAAACCCUGAGCCGUGACGAUGUAUGAAUAAUGUCAACUUGCAUGUUUUCGCUAUUGUUGUGUAUCCAUCAGCCAUCCAUCUUCCAUCAUGUCCAAGUGAACUGUCUCUGUGUUCCGACUUAGGUGCUAGUUGUCCGUGACAUCAUCGCCAAAACACCAGAACAGGACAUUUCCCAUCUACGGUGCAAUAUCCAUGCUUUACCAUAUAACAGAUUCCACGUUCAAACCACUUUUAAGAGAACUGAGAAUUUUGUGAUUAACCUUUACGAUCAACGCACAAGUUUAGGGCUGCUUUGUUGGAGUUAUAAGCUGGACUUUUACUUCAGUGACGAAGAGUGGAUAUAUGUUUUAAUUUAUUAUCAGAUCUCAACCUAUUGAUAAAUUUUAUGUUUUUGACUGUUUUUUACUGUUUAUUCACCAACUGCAACCACAGAACUGAUGGGACCUUAACUAGCUGCCCAUGCCCAGUUCAGUUAAUAUAUAGGGGCUAGUUUUUUUGUUUGGUUGGUUUUUGGGGGGUGUUAGGUCAUAUAAUUCUAAAAUCAAAUGAUAUUUAGCGUUUGUCAUUUAUUGGGUGGGGAAUGUCAGCAAAAUAUAUUACAGUCAUAAGACCUAUUUCAGUGUGUGUGUCCCCACCCCCUAAGUGACCAGUCCCUUGUCUCAAAGAUUUAAUGGUGAUGUCAUUUUUCUCAUUUGAAAGGUCACUUGGAUGAGGAAGAAUAUUUAGCAUUACAAUAAAUUCUACCUCAUAAGUGAUUUUUUGUGACGUAUUUAUGCAUAUAUGAAAAUAAGUUAAGAAAGUUUGUUUUAACAUUAAUGUCAGUUUGUCCAGGCGACAGCAAAGAAGUCCUUGCCGUUUCGAACAAGACUAAGGACUUCUAAAAUUUGAGUCAUCUUUCGUACAUCCGUUUUCUAUCAGACAGAUAUUACAUGCAGCGAUAGGGCCAUUUUGAUAAGACAUGACAAUAUUUCACCGAAAGCCUUCCUGGUUAAGGUGUAAAGUUACUGAGAAUUUUACAUGACUGCAUGAGGUAGGACGGUAGUAUAAUUAUGUUGGGUGCAGUAGUUGGUCCUAUUGUCAAAUAUAAUACCCAGUGAACUGUUACCAAACAUUUAGUCCUAUUUUAAGGAAAUCAUUCAUGGACCUGUAUUUUUAGAGUACAGGUUAUUACUGUUAUUUUCAUGUUUCAUUGCCAUGCUGCUGUGCAACUCUCAAUAUAUACUGAUGGCAAGAAGUAAAGGAACACUUACAUGUUUGACAGAACAUUAUAUAGUUUCAUGAAGAUGAGAACCAGAUAGUGAACAAUCGCUGUUCAUUUUGAUCAGAUGCAUCAGUGUUGUAUGGAGCAGUAAACUUCGCAUAUUUUGCUGUUCCCUUAUUUUUUUUCAUGAGUAUAUGUACAUCCUAACCUUACAGAGGCUCUUAAACCAUGCUCUUUCGUUAGGGCUCUUAGAUUAAGCUCUUGCAGGGCUUUAUAAUGUUCAUAUGCAGAUAGGGAAGCUAUGAAUGACUAUUUAUAGAAAUGUUGCCUUAUGUAGGGUUAUUUUUGUAGUGUAGAGGCUGGUUGAGAGCAUGCGGAGUGCGUCCGAGCAGGUCAUGUGCUUGAUUGUGCCAGAAAUACAUGUAACAGUUUUUGUAAAGAAAAUCUGAGUUGACUGUAGACAUGUGUAUAUGUCACCAAAUUGUCAUAAUAAACGAAUAUUCAAAGAUAAA